CGAGCUGCUCUUCCAUUUCUUCUCCAUUGGGAAGAAUAAGAAGAAGAAGAUACCUACUCUGCAACAUUCCCCUUCUCUCUAUCUCUCAUUGCCAUAACAAGGUAAUUGCAAGGCGCGCAACGGUACUACUCUGAAAAUGGACUCCUCUGCGUCGACGAUCCCAAGGACAAAGUCAGAGCAGCUGGAGAAGGUCUCGACCAGCCAGUCUAUUAGUCGAACGGCCUCAGCUGAAACCGUACUGAACGCGGACGGCGGCAACGGAGGGCAGAGUUUUUCCGGGAAGUCGAGCUUCGGGAGGAAAAUAAUGGGAACUUCGCCGGGGAAGAAAGCUGCAAGCCACCACGGUAGAAGGUCCCGGAGCGCACAGCUGAAGCUGGAUCACUCGGAGGACGUGACCAGCGGGGCGGCCCUAAGCAGAGCCUCCAGCGCCAGCUUGGGCUUCUCCUUUUCUUUCACAGGGUUUACCGCCCCGCCGGAGGACAUCCUUGCCGAUCUACCGACCUUUAGCGACGAUGACAAUGCAAAGGAUCUAGAGGCAGGGAAAGCUCGGAGAAAGAUCAUAUCAGAGCCAACAUUGCCAAUAUAUAUAAAGUUUACAGAGCUUAGCUACAAGAUAAUCCUCAAAGGUGUAGCAACAACCACUGAGAAAGAGAUCAUCAAUGGAAUUACAGGUUCAGCGAGCCCUGGAGAACUUCUAGCCCUGAUGGGGCCUUCAGGAAGUGGAAAAACCUCCCUCCUUAACCUUCUUGGUGGAAGGAUAGCUACUAAUUUGAUCCAAGGAUCGAUUACUUACAACGAUGAACCGUAUACCAAGUCCCUAAAGAGCAGGAUAGGAUUUGUGACACAGGAUGAUGUUCUCUUUGCGCAUCUUACUGUAAGAGAAACAUUAACCUAUGCAGCUCUCCUUCGUCUUCCGAAAACGAUGAGCAGGCAGAAUAAGGAAGAAAGAGCAAUGGAUGUCAUCUAUGAGCUUGGUUUGGACAGGUGCCAAGAUACCAUGAUCGGAGGAUCGUUUGUACGAGGAGUUUCGGGCGGCGAGAGGAAGAGGGUAUCGAUCGGGAACGAAAUUAUAAUCAACCCAUCUCUGCUUCUUCUUGAUGAACCCACCUCUGGUUUGGAUUCAACAACAGCUCUGAGGAUAGUGCAAGUUCUACAUGACAUAGCUGAGGCAGGAAAAACAGUGAUAACUACAAUUCAUCAGCCAUCGAGCAGACUGUAUCACCGAUUCGAUAAACUGAUCCUUCUUGGAAAGGGCAGUUUGCUAUACUUUGGGAAAGCAUCUGAGGCCAUGGUAUACUUCUCAUCAAUUGGCUGUUCUCCCCUCAUAUCAAUGAACCCCGCAGAAUUCCUUCUUGAUCUUGCAAAUGGUAACUUAAACGAUGUCACCAUGCCUUCAGAUUUAGAGGAUAAAGUACAGAUAGAAAAUCUCGGUAGCAAUGUAAGGAACAACGACAAACCAUCUACGACCGAUGUACACGAGUAUCUGGUGGAGGCAUAUGAGAGUCGAUUUGCCGACAAGGAAAAGAAAAAGCUCAUGGCACCUCUUCCGGUGAACGAAGAUAUGAAGGCGACUAUGUCGGCCAAGAAGAGAGACUGGGGAGCAAAUUGGAUGCAACAGUACUCCAUACUGUCAUGUAGAGGAUUGAAAGAACGGAGACACGACUACCUGAGCUGGAUGAGGAUCACUCAAGUUAUCGCAACCGCGAUAAUCCUCGGUUUGCUAUGGUGGCACACUGAUGUCACAACACCAAAAGGCCUGCAAGAUCAGGCAGGACUAUUGUUCUUCAUAGCUGUGUUUUGGGGCUUCUUCCCUGUUUUCACAGCGAUAUUCACAUUUCCUCAAGAAAGAGCAAUGUUGAAGAAGGAAAGAUCAGUUAACAUGUACAGAUUGAGUGCAUAUUUCAUAGCCCGAACGACUAGCGACUUGCCACUGGAUCUGUUCCUGCCCAUAAUAUUCUUGGUGAUUGUGUAUUUCAUGGCAGGGCUGAGACAGAGUAUCGGAGCCUUCACUCUCACCAUGCUAACUGUUUUUCUCAGCAUCAUUGCGGCGCAGGGAUUAGGGUUGGCUAUCGGUGCCUCGCUGAUGGACGUCAGGAAGGCGACGACUUUAGCUUCAGUUACAGUAAUGACUUUCAUGCUCGCCGGUGGAUUCUUUGUGAAGAGGGUUCCAGUGUUCAUGUCCUGGGUUCGCUACUUGUCCUUCAACUACCACACAUACAGACUGCUGCUCAAGGUGCAGUAUGGCAAAGCACCACCUUCUCUGAAUGUGAGCCAGCUCUGCAAUGGCGCUGCAGAAGUUGGAGCUAUGGUGGCGAUGAUUUUCGGCUACCGACUCUUGGCGUACAUCUUCCUCAGGAGGAUGAAACUUCAUGGUGCCUGAGCAAAAUUAAAGGAAAUGAAAUUAAGAAGGUUAAGAAUUGAGAUUGUUUUAAUAUUUUUUGCCACAAUGAAAUUGAAGCUGUAAGGAAUUGUUUGAAGGAUCAAAGCUCGAAAGGACGAGUGAUUAAUCUUCAAAACUAUUCUAUUGAUGAAUGAAUGGUUGCAAAAAUCUAAUUA